AUGGCCUGUCUGCUGAGUUUGCCUCGGACAGAUGCUGCCGCCUUCAGACAGCAGGAUCACCGGGCCGCUGAUGAAGCCGAGUACGAGGCCCUUCUGCAGGAGUACCUCGACCAUCUGCGCUACCUCAAGGAGCACAUCGACCGGUACCAGGCAGACUACCCCUUGAACAAACGCGCUCAGUUUCUUCGACUUGGCCGCAAAUGA